AUGGAGCCGGCGGCGGGCGAGGAGGCAGAGCCUGGCCCGCGGCUGCUGCAGGCGGCCGGUGGGGAACGCUGUGCCGGGCAGCGGGACGAGAGCCCGACAGUGGGGCCGGGGGACCCCGGGGAGCCGCCCCGGCGCUGUGGAGAGGCGGCGGCUGCUGCCUGGCGGUGCUGGGAGCUGCCGCCGCUACAGGACGCCGGGGAGCCGCUGCUGCCCCGGCCCGAGGAGCCGCCGGCCCGCGGUGCCCCCCCGCCUGCGGGGCUGGACCCUCCUGCCGCCGAGACCCCCGGACCCGUCCUGCCCAGCGGGGAGAGCCCACGGCCCAGCUCCGAGAGCGUCUCCGGCUCCGUCCUGAGCCUCUUCGGCGAGGCACGGGAGGCAUCGAGCGAUGAUGGGGCGGCGGUGGCGGCGGAGCCGUGCCCCGUGCCGGCGGGCAGCGAGGACGAGUGCCCCAUCUGCACGGAGCCGUACGACGAGCGGCGGCACAAGCCGGCCGUGCUGAACUGCAGCCACGGGCUGUGCCGCGCCUGCCUGCGGGCCAUCAUGGCCACGGCCAGCGGCGCCGAGCUCGGCCGCGUGCGCUGCCCCAUCUGCCGCCAGAAGACGCCCAUGCUGGAGUGGGAGAUCUGCAAGCUGCAAGAGGAGCUGCUCCUGCUGCACGCCCAGCCCGGCUCCCCCAGUGCCCUGGGCACCUCCCGGCCCCCUGCCCUGCCGCCCCGGCGCCCGGGCCUGGCCGGCGCCCUCGAGCAUCGCUUCCAGGUGCGCUUCCACACCAGCCGCAUGUUCGGCUGCCUGCCGUGCGUGCGGUACCCGCCCUGCCUGAUCCGCGCCCUGGCCCGGCUGGAGCGGCGCUGCCGCUGCUGCUAUCUCCUGCUGCUGGCACUGCUGCUGGCGGCAGAGAUGCUCAGCCUGCUCUUCAUCUUCCUCCCCAUCGUCCUCAUGGUGAUGCUUUUCCUCAUCCUCGACAAAUAGCCCUGGCUUUGUGCCCUCAGGCUGAGCGUGCGUGGGGAGGGGAGCCCAGCUCCGGCUCUGCCCUCGGCUCUGGUGCCAGCCGGGAGCACGCCUGCGACCCUGGUGCCUAGGACGCCUGGCACUGCCAGUGAGCCCAGGGGGGUGAGGCAGCAGCAGAGCAGGAGCAGGCAGCAGUGGGAGGCCACCCUGGAGCUGGCAUCACCUGCACGGGGGCACCAGUGACACAUCACUGCCAUAGCCAAGGGACACAUGGAGUGGGAGCCCUUCCUGCGCUGGGGCACAUCCCUGGCUGGGAGCUGGGGACCAGAGAGGCUCUGCGGGCAGAGCAGGGCUGUGCCAUGGGCUGUGCUAAGGGCUGUGCCAUGGGCUGUGCCAUGGGCUGUGCCAAGGACUGUGCCAUGGGCUGUGCCAUGGGCUGUCCCAAGGACUGUGCCACCUGCUCCCAGGACAGAUGGGCUGGAAUCCCCCAGCAUGGACUGAAAAUACAACCUGUG